AUGUUGCACCAGUUCAUUCAAUCGACCGAUUCAGCCGUUAAUUUCAAUGUCCAAACACAGACAAACGCGUGCAGUUUACCACUCUCUCUCUCUCUCCUUUUUCGCUCUCUCUCCUUCUUCCUCGCUCCCUCCCAUUUCUGUCUCAUCGCAUACGUAUCUGCAUCGACACAUGUAUGCAUUAACGCUGUAGGAUUUAAAUCUAUCUAUCUAUCUAUCUAUCUAUCUAUGUCUUUCAUUCAUUCAUCCAUUCAUUAUUCUUUCUUUCUUUCUUUCUUUUUUAUAAUCUAUCUAUCUAUCUAUCUAUCUAUCUAUCUAUCUAGCUCAUCAUUCAUUCAUUCAUUCGUUCUUUCUUUUUUUUUCUUUCUUUCCUUCUUUCUUUCUUAUAAUCUAUCUAUCUAUCUAUCUAUCUAUCUAUCUAUCUAUCUAUCUAUCUAUCUAUUCAUUGUUUCUUUCUUUCUUAUAAUAAUCUAUCUAUCUAUCUAUCUAUCUAUCUAUCAUUCAUCUACUAAUUCAUUCAUUCAUUCAUUCUUUCUUUCUUUCUUUCUUUCUUUCUUUCUUUCAUAUCUAUCUAUCUAUCUAUCUAUCUAUCUAUCUAUCUAUCUAUCAUCCAUUCAUCCAUUCAUUCAUUCUUUCUUUCUUUCUUAUAAUCUAUCUAUCUAUCUAUCUAUCUAUCUAUCUAUCUAUCUAUCUAUCUAUCUAUCUAUCUAUCUAUCUAUCCAUUCAUUGUUUCUUUCUUAUAAUCUAUCUAUCUCUCAUUCAUUCAUUCUUCCUUUCUUUCUUUCUUUCUUUCUUUCUUAUAAUCUAUCUAUCUAUCUAUCUAUCUAUCUAUCUAUCUAUCUAAACCAAUCUAUCUAUCUAUCUAUCUAUCUAUCUAUCUAUCUAUCUAUCUAUCUAUCUGAGUAUAUUUCUAUAUUCUCACUAUCUCAUUAUGUUCAUAUCUAUCUAUCUAUCUAUCUAUCUAUCUAUCUAUCUAUCUAUCUAUCUAUCUAUCUCAUUCAUAUCUAUCUAUCUAUCUAUCUAUCUCAGUAUAUAUUCCUAUAUUCUUUUCGUAUCUAUCUAUCGAUCUAUCUAGGUAGCUUGCUUUGUAUGUAUCUCAUUUUUUCAUAUCUAUCUAUCUAUCUAUCUAUCUAUCUAUCUAUCUAUCUAUCUAUCUACACACACUCGCAUAAAAUUACAACGCCAUCUAUCUAUCUAUCUAUCUAUCUAUCUAUCUAUCUAUCUAUCUAUCUUUCUUUAACCAUUUCUAUGUUACAACAAUAUCUAUCUAUCUAUCUAUCUAUCUAUCUAUCUAUCUAUUCCGUUAAACAUCUAUCUAUCUAUCUAUCUAUCUAUCUAUCUAUCUAUCUAUCUAUCUAUCUAUCUCAUACCUAUGAACAGCGAACUGGAGUCUCACGUAGUGAUAUCGAGAAAAGAAGAGCAGGAGGAGAAAAGGAAGAAGGAGGAGAAAAGAAGAGCAGGAGGAGAAAAGGAAGAAGGAGGAGAAAAGGAAGAAGGAGGAGAAAAGAAGAGCAGGAGGAGAAAAGGAAGAAGGAGGAGAAAAGAAGAGCAGGAGGAGAAAAGGAAGAAGGAGGAGAAAAAGAAGAGCAGGAGGAGAAAAGGAAGAAGGAGGAGAAAAGGAAGAAGGAGGAGAAAAGAAGAGCAGGAGGAGAAAAGGAAGAAGGAGGAGAAAAGGAAGAAGGAGGAGAAAAGAAGAGCAGGAGGAGAAAAGGAAGAUGGAGGAGAAAAGGAAGAAGAAGGAGAAAAGGAAGAAGGAGGAGAAAAGGAAGAAGGAGGAGAAAAGAAGAGCAGGAGGAGAAAAGGAAGAAGGAGGAGAAAAGGAAGAAGGAGGAGAAAAGAAGAGCAGGGGGAGAAAAGGAAGAAGGAGGAGAAAAGGAAGAAGGAGGAGAAAAGGAAGAAGGAGGAGAAAAGGAAGAGCAGGAGGAGAAAAGGAAGGAGGAGGAGAAAAAACGAAGAAGGAGGAGAAAAGAAGAGCAGGAGAAGAAAAGGAAGAAGGAGGAGAAAAGGAAGAAGGAGGAGAAACGGAAGAAGGAGGAGAAGAAAGAGGAGGAGAAGCUUUGUCAUAUCUAUCUAUCUAUCUAUCUAUCUAUCUAUCUAUCUAUCUAUCUAUCUAUCUAUGAAGAAUCACCAUCCAUCUUUUUUUUUUAUUUUAAUUUUGCUGCCUUUCUUUUUUCUUUCUUUAUCGACUCCCCCUUCUGUUUCGCUUCUUCUCUUUCUAUUUCUCUUUACCUCUUCAUCUUUUUUUCUUCUCACACCGCGCUGACAUUCAUUCUUUCUCCUCCCCUUUCUCUACUUACUUUAAUGACUUUAUUUGCCUCUUCCAUUUUCUUCUCACUUUAUCUUCUCAUCAUUUUCUAUCAUUCUGUUUGUAUUUUAUUCGGUAUUAUUUACUCUCUCUCUCGAUCUGACGCAAACUCUAUCUAUCUAUCUAUCUAUCUAUCUAUCUAUCUAUCUAUCUAUCUAUCUAUCUAUCUCACUCUCUUUAUCUAUCUAUCUAUCUAUCUAUCUAUCUAUCUAUCUAUCUAUCUAUCUAUCUAUCUAUCUAUCUCUGCCAGACUAUUCAAUUAUAUCUAUCUCCUCUUGUCAUAUCUAUCUAUCUAUCUAUCUAUCUAUCUAUCUAUCUAUCUAUCUAUCUAUGCCAGACUAUUCAAUAAUAUCUAUCUCCUCUUGUCAUAUCUAUCUAUCUAUCUAUCUAUCUAUCUAUCUAUCUAUCUAUCUAUGCCAGACUAUUCAAUAAUAUCUAUCUCCGUCUGUUCGUAUCUAUCUUUGCCAAUCUGUUCAUAUCCAACUAGUCUUGUCAUAUCUAUCUAUCUAUCUAUCUAUCUAUCUAUCUAUCUAUCUAUUCAAUUAUAUCUAUCUCCGUCUGUUCGUAUCUAUCUAUGCCAAUCUGUUCAUAUCCAACUAGUCUUAUCUAUCUAUCUAUCUAUCUAUCUAUCUAUCUAUCUAGCUAGCUAG